UACAUUAUUCAUUUAAAAUGAGAAAUUCAGAAAUCCAGCCAUAGCACAAUCGACGAAUCCACUGUCUCCAGUUAAUACCGCUGCAAAUCGCCCUCAUCUCGAUUGCAAUUUGCAACCACGUCUCUGGCCACCGGCUAUUGUCUUCUUUUGGGCAACUGUAGAACAAAAGAUGACAGAAGAAGAAAAGGGUGUGGAUCUGUUGAACCAAUUAGAGCAUAUUUUGGAAUCUGAUCCUCUGAUUGAUGAAGUAGGGUUUAUUCACCCAUCCCAGUUUUUCAUUCUGAAUGAAGAGGCAGGUGGAGUCCUGCCCUCAUCCAACCAUCACUUGCUGCAAUCAGAAGAUGGAAUCUCAAGUUUUUGGAAUAGAGAUCAUAAGUUGGGCAUUUCAAUAGAUAUUCUUCUUCCAUUGUACAGAGCGGCUAAAAAUGCAUUUAUGGCAGCAAUUGCACAAUAUAAAGCUCAUGGCAACCCAUCUGUAAAGGAAGAAAAAUCUGGGGAUGAAAAUAUUUCAUGUCAUCUUGAAAGCGAAGUCAUGAAGCACAGCAGGGCUCUUUUGUUGCUAAGUAGUGACUUUGGCACUGCAUGGAAUUCCAGGAAGCUUGUAUUAUCAAAGAAGCAAGACCUUUCAAUGUUUAUGGAUGAAUUCCUCUUGUCAGCAUUGGUUCUUUCAUACUCACCAAAAAGUGAACAAGCUUGGAGCCAUAGACGGUGGGUGAUCAAGAUGAUUGCUGGAAACUACACAUAUCUGCAAGAAGUUUUGGGAAAAGAAUCUGAGCUGGUGGAAAAAAUAGCCGAGAAAUCAAAAAUGAAUUACCGUGCAUGGAAUCAUCGUUGCUGGUUGGUAUUCUACAUGACAGGAGAGCAGGUUCUACAUGAGCUCGAUAAAUCUAGAAGUUGGGCUGGGUUGCACGUUGCUGAUAAUUGUUGUUUUCAUUAUCGUAGACGGCUAAUGCUCAGAAUUUUAGAAUGCUCCUGCUAUAAACAAGAUCCAAAUGCAUCCUCUGGUUAUAAUAUUGAAAUUUAUCGAGUGUGGAAGGAGGAGCUUGACUGGAACAAAAUGUUGAUAGAGCGUUACAUUGGUAGAGAGGGUCUCUGGCUUCAUCGCCGCUUCCUCUCCCUGUGUUGGAUAAAGCAUUUUGCAACAGAUGGUGGUGAUCUCUCCUGCCAUUCUGAGCUCAAAACUGAUGCUAAUCAUGAUAUUUCUAACUUUUUGGAUAAUGAAAUUCAAUACGUUCACUCCUGCUUGGCAAUUCCAAGUGAUGACUUUGAAGAUGUGGAAACACAAGCAGUGUUUUCUGCAACAUACAUAUUGUGGUUGACAAAGCAAAUGUACGAGUGUGAAGGGAUUGAGCUUCAACAGAAGCAGCUUAUUAGAGGAGGAGAGCUGAAGAUACUGCUGAAGAAGCAUCGCCCAGAAAAGAGCUUCCUUUGGGAUUCUAUAAUCUAAAUUAGUGUGAGAGUUAAAUUAAACCAAAUUAAACCUUUCUUUCAGUGCCUCUUACCCUUAAUUUCUCCUCCAAAUGUGUUGUGUAAUGUAACCAAUGAAGAUUUUUUUUUUUAAUAACCGAUGAACCUUUCAUGGCCAAGCCUUUAAGAUUCUCUAUAGGGACCUAAAACCUCGGGGUGCUGUCUGCCCCGUAACAACCAGCACCAGGUUAACCAAUGAAGAUUAUAUGUGUUCAAAUUAUGAAAUGAUGACAUUCAUUAGCUUUUCUCA